AUGAGCGCAAUCCUCUCUGCGGAUGACCUUAACGAUUUCAUCUCGCCAAGUGUAGCAUGCAUAAAGCCUGUUGAGACAUUGCCCAAACAAAGAGAACAGUUGCCUUCCUACGAGGUCACCACCGAAGACAAAGUCCAAGCGGAAAACCCUCCACCCGCCUCAAUAUCUCUCACAGACUGUCUCGCCUGUUCAGGCUGCGUAACCUCGGCCGAAGCUGUCCUUAUCUCUCUCCAGUCGCAUACUGAGGUGCUGUCCACGCUCGAUGCGCAUCCUUCUCUUGAUGUCCGAAAGCAUGUGCAAGGGUCUAGCAAGCCCCACUCGAAACUUUUCGUAGCAAGCGUCAGCCCCCAGGUACGAGCGAGCCUGGCUGCAACAUACCAAAUUUCGGAAAGACAAUCGGGAUACAUGAUAGACCAGCUGCUGUGUGGACCGCAUGGACUACGGAGCGGAGGACAAUACGGAAGCGGUUUCACCUACGUGGUAGACACGAAUCGCAUGCGAGAAACGUGUCUUGUCCUGGGUGCAGACGAAGUCGCACAAUCACUGACUGGCGGAAGCACCGCUGCACGUCCUGUUCUGACCUCAGCAUGUCCUGGUUGGGUUUGCUAUGCCGAAAAGACACAUCCACAUGUCCUGCCACACCUGUCCAAACUAAAAUCACCACAAGCAUUGACGGGCACAUUACUCAAAUCUGUUCUGAGCAAAUCGCUUGGCAUUCAACCUUCACAAAUCUGGCAUCUAGCGAUCAUGCCUUGUUUCGACAAGAAGCUUGAAGCCAGUCGCGAGGAACUGACUGAUCGAUGGUGGGCGAAUGACCAGGACACGGAUGCCUCGACCUUGCCCGUGAGGGAUGUAGACUGCGUGAUCACAUCUCGCGAACUCCUGACUCUCGCAAACGACCGAGGUAUCAACCUGCCGUCUCUACCACUUACACCUCUCCCAAAAGAAUACCGCAUUCCCUUCCCAGACUCCACCAUCUCUAGAUUUCUCUUCCCCAAGUCUCGGCGGCGUCACUAUGAACACCACGACCUGGCUCAAUCUUCCGCGGGCGGCACAUCAGGCGGCUAUCUGCACUACAUCCUUACAUCACAACAAGCUCGACACCGCGGCAGCACGAUACACACCCAACGAGGCCGCAACGCCGACGUCACAGAGUUCACCCUCCUCUCCUCCACCCAAGAACCCCUGCUCAAAUGCGCAAGAUUCUACGGGUUCAGAAAUAUACAAAAUCUAGUCAGGAGGCUGAAGCCGGCAAGGGGGAGCAGAUUGUCUGCUGCUGCUGCGAGGAGGAAGGAAGGGAUUGGCACUAGAAAAGAUGAUGGGGCCGGCGAGUAUGCUUAUGUAGAGGUCAUGGCUUGUCCAGGGGGGUGUACCAAUGGAGGUGGGCAGAUCCGAGUCGACGAGGCCAUUGCACUGCAGAGCGCAGCCCAGCGAGGAAGGGAGCUUGAGGGGGAAACGGAUCAUGCCGGGAAUGGAGCGGGAUUAUCGCAGAAGGACUGGCUGAGGAGGGUUGAUUCGGCGUAUUUCUCGGCGCACUCGUCCGCCUCUUCGGACGCGGAAUGCGACGGAAGCGAGAUCAACUCGCAACCUGGUGAUCCUAACGACGACGACGACCUUGACCCCGAUCGUGAGAUGCACGACCCCAACUUCGCCUCUGACCACGCGCUCGACCCUCCAACACCCAGAGACCUCCUCACCUACUGGUCCGCCUGCACGUGCAUCCCGCUGGAAAAGCUGGCCUACACCACUUUCCGCAAGGUGGAGAGCGAUGUCGGCAAAAGCAAAAAGGGUACGGGUAGUCGGCCGGGAGAGACGGAGGGAAUCGCAGCGUUGGCAGCGAGUAUUGGUGGUGGCUGGUGA